AUGGUAAAAAUAGAGUUUCUCUUCCCAACUCGGGUAAAGCGAUCUGAAGUUCGGAAUUUCUACGUAUCAUUAGGCUUAAAAGUCUCAAUGCACAAAAAGUACCUCAGAUUGCGCAAUACACCAGAAACACGUAUCGUAUCUGUCACGCAAUCUCACAUCCAUCUACGCGCCGAAAACCAUCGCGAAAUUCUCGAAGCCCAUAAAGACCAUCUUCUCUACGACUUAGAAACAGCCGAACUUGAAGAUGAUGUAGAAACUGACCAUGCCCAUCGUUCCCAUCAUAUUCCUUUCCGGAUUAAACUAGCCGAUCCACUUAGUAACACUAUUUGUAUUGCUCCCGCCUUACAACGCAAGACUAUUGCCGUACUUACUAGUGGUGGUGAUGCACCCGGUAUGAAUGCAACUAUUUGGGCCAUUACUCGGGCAGCUAGUAAAACAGGUGCUUCUGUAAUGGGUAUUCAGAACGGAUUUGCCGGUCUACUUGCCAAUCGCAUGAUUCCACUCAGUGAAGAACUUACUUUUCAGCACAUGCACUUAGGCGGGACUUUCUUGCAAUCGGCUCGUGAGCCUAAAUUUACUGAGCCUAGUGGUCCCAUCGAAGGGGCUAAAGUCCUGAAAGCCCGUAAUAUUGAUGCUUUGAUUGUGAUUGGUGGAGAUGGGUCGAUGCGGGGGGCAAGUGUUUUGGCUAAGACCGAUCCUGAGUUAACUGUUGUCUUUGUGCCGGCGACCAUUGAUAAUGACAUUCCCGGAACAGAGUCAUUAGGAGCAGCUUCAGCUUUGCACCGGAUUGUUGAAGCAAUUGAUUGUAUUGAACCUACUAUGGCUUCACACCGGCGGGCUUUUGUUCUGGAAGUAAUGGGUCGUGAUUGUGGCUGGCUGGCUCUAACGGCCGGUUUUGCUACGGAAGCGGCCUACGUCUUUCUACCGGAGUAUCCACAACCCGAUGGCUGGGAGAAGACUUUAGCCACGGCAGUAGCUAAAGCCGGACAUUGUGCCCAUGUCAUCCUAGCUGAAGGGGCCCGGUACAGAUCAGGCAAACGUAUUACUGCCGGAGAAGUAUUGAAGGCCCUUGAGGAUUUAGGACUUGAGGCCCGCCAAGUCGUACUGGGUCAUACACAACGGGGAGGAGCACCUUGUGCCGCUGAUCGAGUUAUAGCUGCUACCUUAGGAGUAGCUGCAGCCGAAGUUGCUUUAGGAUCUACUCCCGGGGCGUAUGCCUUACAGAUCAAUAACGGAAUUGAAAGAGUUGUUGAUUUAUUCACGCAAGUAGAUAAGUGCCAAGCAGCUGCCCAUGCUCUAGGUAUGAUCGAUGGGAAUAUUGAAAAAGCCCGAGGUCGUGGCUUUGUGGAUAUUUAUAAGGCGAUGAUGUCAACUGGAGCCAUACUUACACCCAAUCCUAGUGCCAUUGCCGUAAGUACAGUUGGGGCCUUAGGAGCUGGAGCCGCGCAUAUAAUCAAGUCCUUAAUCUUCCAUGCACAAACUCAAGGCAAAACAGUACAUAACAUCAGCACUCAUCCCUACUUCUUGCGCCGACAACCCCGUCGUACGCAAGAGACCGAUUUUGUCUUUCUUAAGGAGUACAUUGAAGCCAACCAUCCCGAUACGUUGAUUUUAAUAGGAGGUCUUGAUGCAGUCGCUGAGGCCAAAAAGUUAGAAGGUCUUUGUCCGCGGAUCUAUGUUAUUCCAUGUACGGUAAGUAAUAAUGUCCCGGGUACAGCUACGACUAUUGGAGCAGAUACAGCUUUAGAUACAAUUACGGCCUUAUGUGAUAAUCUUAAAGUUGGAGCUAAUCGGAAUGUAGGGUAUAUUGUGGAAGUGUUUGGCGGGGCGUGUGGGUAUCUUAGUAUAGCAGCUGCUUUAGCCGUCGGAGCAAUUGAUUGUUACUUCCCAGAGGAAACAGGUGUUCUAAAAAGACUAAGACGUUCAGUCCAGCUGCUUGAUAAGCAUUUUGAAACCGGAUCUGGUGCCCAGCUUAUUAUUCGCAGUAAUGGGUCUAUGAAAGGUAUUUGCAGUGAAACACUAGCUCGAGUCCUAGAAGCCGAUGGCAGUACUAAGUAUUCCGUACGCAGUUGUCAAUUAGGCCAUGUCCAAAAAGGCAACUUACCUACUGCCGGGGAUAGACUCAAAGCCGCCCGCCUAGCCCUUUUUGCCGCCCAAACCACCACCCCAGGCCUACUAAUUAUCGGUCUAUCCGGCCAAACUCCAUCUGCCCUUCCUAUUGCCCAAGCGCAGCUAGAGAUCAAUCCGGCCAAAAGACGUCUCAAGAAAGCCGACUGGCUAGAAAUGGCCCGAACUUAUCGCGUUCUAAACUAA